CCCGAAAGUCACUGUGUAGACCGAUGGUGUAGGAAGGGUAAGAAGGGGGAGGGGACGGUGAAUUAGUCCUUGAGACCUGAAAGGGACCUGGAGGUUCCGCUCCUCGUGGGUUUAGGGUCUCUGAAGCUUUGGGCAGCAAAGACACCACCACCAUCUUUCAAAGAAUUCUGGAAGUGUUGGAUCAGAGACCUCGGAGGUUGGAGGAUGUCGGAGAAUCUCGAUCCCGGCCAUCCUUCGUAGGCUCUUGCGAUGCCAAGGCAGGCAUCGAAGACCGCAAUUUCCCUAAAACAGAAGCAGAGCAAAGGGAAGAGCCCCCAGCCCUUUGGCUUUGGAGUGCCGGGAGGGGAAGGGGCACCUGGAAGUUGGAAGGUGGGAAACCCAGAGAGAGCUCGUGUAAGCUAGGUGCGCUCUGUACGUCCACCCGCCGAGCUCCUGCUAGGAGCCAGGAGAUUCUUGGCGCGAAACCGCUGGCCCCGCCCGGGGAUCUGCGCGGGGCGCAGCCCUCGGCUUAGUCGUAGCGCCGCAGCAGCUGCCACUCCCCACUCCUACCCUUCGGAGAGCGCGCCGCUGCCCACCGCCUCCAAUCAUUACUCUGCGUGGAGCGCUUUAAAUAUGCAGAAGCGCGUCACGUCGUGUGAAUCAGGAUCCAUCCGUAGGGAGGGAGCCAAAAUCCAUAUAAAUGUGGCCUGGGCGGGCUGAGAAGGGUUAAAAGGCUGGAGGAGAGAGAGGUGGGCGAGGGUCUACAGCCCGGGUGAGCGCAGCUCUCGUUGGCAAUACUGGUGAGUUGCUCCUCUCUUUGCCCUCCUUCCCUGCUUCUAUCUAGGGUGCUGACUGUGAGGAGGAGGUGGGAGGUACCCGGCGCGAGUGAUCCCGAGGCAGCUGGCACCCCCGCGAGGAGGUGACAUUUUGGCCCAGGAGCCGUCGGACUCCGGGAAAAGUCCUGAGCUCUUGUCUCGAUUGAAGGCGCGUUUCCUAAGGGCGCGUGGUCACUGCCGCCCUCCACUGCCGGUCUGCUUUUAGAGCGAAGUCCCUGUCCGAGGUGGUAAAUCUGUUUGGGUCCCCAAGCCCCAGGCCCUUUCCUCAGGGAACAGGUGAGCACUGGGAGCUGUCGGCGCCCCAGCUCCUGCGCUCUCAGAGGGGCCUGGGCCCUCGCAGGCUCGCCAUGUUCCCCUGGGGGCUGAGCUCCCUGUCGGUGCUCGGGGCGGCGGGCACCGCUCUCUUGUGCGCUGGACUGCUGCUCAGCCUGGCCCAACAUCUCUGGACCCUCCGUUGGACGCUGAGCCGGGACCGAUCCUCUGCCCUGCCCCUGCCUAAAGGCUCCAUGGGUUGGCCCUUCUUCGGGGAAACGCUGCACUGGUUAGUUCAGGGCUCGCGCUUCCAUAGUUCCCGGAGGGAGCGCUACGGAACCGUGUUCAAGACGCACCUGCUGGGCAGGCCCGUGAUCCGCGUGAGCGGCGCAGAGAACGUCCGCACAAUCCUGCUGGGGGAGCACCGCCUUGUGCGCAGCCAGUGGCCGCAGAGCGCGCAUAUCCUAUUGGGCUCACACACUCUGCUCGGCGCGGUCGGUGAGCCGCACAGGCAGCGGCGCAAGAUCCUGGCUCGAGUGUUUAGCCGCGCGGCCUUGGAGCGCUACGUGCCUCGUCUGCAGGGGGCGCUGCGGCGUGAGGUGCGCUCCUGGUGUGUUGCCCGAGGGCCGGUUGCUGUCUACGAGGCCGCCAAAGCGCUCACUUUUCGCAUGGCCGCGCGUAUCCUACUGGGCCUACGGCUAGACGAGGAGCAGUGCUCGGAGCUGGCCCGGACUUUCGAGCGGUUCGUGGAGAACCUCUUCUCGCUGCCCCUAGAUGUGCCCUUCAGCGGCCUGCGCAAGGGCAUCCGGGCACGGGACCAGCUGCAUCGGCACCUGGAGGAGGCCAUUGCAGAGAAACUUCAUGAAGACAAGGCUGCAGAGCCAGGUGAUGCUCUGGCCGGCAUCAUCCACAGCACCAGGGAGCUGGGCCAGGAGCUCUCAGUGCAGGAGCUGAAGGAGUCAGCUGUGGAGCUCCUCUUCGCCGCUUUCUUCACCACGGCCAGUGCCAGCACGUCCCUCGUCCUGCUACUUCUGCAGCACCCGGCAGCCAUUGUCAAGAUCCGGCAGGAGCUGGAGGCGCAGGGACUGGGGCGCGCGUGCGGCUGCGCGCCGGGGGCCUCGGGGGGCGGCGCGGGGCCCCGGCCCGACUGCGGCUGCGAGUCGGACCUCAGCUUGGCAGCGCUGGGCCGCCUGCGCUAUGUCGGCUGCGUGGUCAAGGAGGUGCUGCGCCUCCUGCCGCCCGUGUCCGGGGGCUACCGCACAGCCCUGCGCACCUUCGAGCUCGACGGCUACCAGAUCCCCAAGGGCUGGAACGUGAUGUAUAGCAUCCGAGACACGCACGAGACAGCUGCGGUGUACCGCAGCCCCCCUGAGGGCUUUGACCCCGAGCGCUUCCACACUGCGGGCGAGGACGCGCGGGGCUCCGCUGGCCGCUUCCAUUAUAUCCCGUUCGGCGGUGGUGCGCGCAGCUGUCUCGGCCAGGAGCUGGCGCAGACGGUGCUCCAGCUGCUCGCCGUGGAGCUGGUGCGCACGGCGCGCUGGGAACUGGCCACGCCUUCCUUCCCCGCCAUGCAGACCGUGCCCAUAGUGCACCCAGUGGACGGGCUGCGGCUCUUUUUCUACCCGCUUGCGCCUUCGGCAGCGCAGGAUGGACGACGCCUCUGACCCGCUGCGUCCUGGGGCCUGACUUCGCCAAAGGCAGCGGCGCGCGUAUGACGGCGCCGUCCACCUGCAGUUUCCCAGUGCCGGGUCGGGCGCUCUCUCGUUCAACAAACGGUCCCGAAUGCUGACUGUGAGAAAGACGCUUGAGUCACUGCCACCUCACUAGAGAAGCGCCCUGGCCGGUGGCAAGGUGCCUUCUUCCCUGCGCACCCAGAGGAAGGAAGGAAGGUCGUGGGCCAAGUUUCUUAAGCCCUUCCCAGAAAGCAGAGAUGGAGGGAACAGAGCUCCACUAAGAGCCAAGCCCAGGAGGAGACAUGGAUCGCUGUGCCACGAGGAGGAUUGCCAGGGGAGGACUGGACCCUCGAACGAGGGGGGACCUGCAACCCUGGAGAGGAAGCAGGGACUCCAGGAGCGCAUCCCUGGCCUGGCAGUGGGCCAUAGGAAGACACACUGAGAAGGUGCCCAACGGAAGGCCCUCAGGCAGCUGGCCUCUGCUUGGUGAGCAUUGGCCUCUGCCGGUCUCAGCGGAAACCCAGAACUGUGGGCGCUUCCAAGGCUCUAAACAGGCUCAACACCUCCGGCUUCUGCUGGAGAUAUCUUAAAAGAAAAAUUCCUAGUUCAAGAACGUGUUUAAUCUUUCCAUUUAUACAUGGGAGAAUAGGACUCCAAAGCUGGAUUCUUUUCAUGAACAGUUGAGACAUAAUCAGAGAGGUCUGGGGUAUUUGUACCCAAAACAGGAAGGCCAAGAAGUAAAGUUUCCUGGAGUGAUUGAAUGAGGAGGGUACAGCUUAGCUGGGCAGCUGCUCCCUGGUGGGAAAGUGGGAUGGAGGGUGGAGGAGACCCAAGAAAGACCCUGCAGAAAGACCUUCCCUGUGUAUACCCAGAAAAGGGCUAGAAACUGGGGCAGCCUGGGGCCAGGCUGCUGGAACUUCUCUCUUGAGCAUAGCCCGAGAGAGCUGGGCUGCAAAUUAUCUCCAAGACGGUUGGCUGCAGGAACGUUCUGGUUUACUGCCUCAGCUUCCUCUACUGCAGAGCAGAAACAGGCGAAAGACUGGCUGAAGUGCCAGCAAUGGGCUCCUGGAUUGCUCAGCCAGGGCUCUCCUCCAUCCUAUCCCUUACCCCCUGCUCCAGCCCCAGGGUCUGUGGCUACCACGCAGGUCUCGGCCCUGUUAACCUUUCAAAGUGAUCCCUAGGUUGGCUUAAGGACUUUCUGGAUCUUUCCAACACAGAGGUUCCCAGCAGCAUUUAAAUCUAAGCCAAGAAGCCUCCAGUGUUGUUAUUCCUAACAGUCCACUGUAACUUGCCACCCACCUUCAGACAGGCCGGGGCAGCUGAACAUGAUGGGGAAGUUGCCGCCAAGGCCUGAGUUGACCCCUUAGUGAACCAGAAGGAAGCUGGUGCCCUCCUGACCUUAUGCUUAAGGUGGAUCCUGGGGCCAGAAGGAAAAGGGGAAGCAGCAAGAGCAGGCGGUAGCUCAAGAGCGCAGCGGGCCCUUCCGAGCUCGGCUGACACUGCUGUAACCCCCAUCCAGGGCAAUUCAUCACCCACUGUUGACCACCAGCCCCGGUGCCAGGCCUUGGGAUCUUCAGGCGCCAGAGCCAUGGAGCCAGCAAAAGUGGCUGAUCUGGGGCCUGCCCUCAGGGCGCUCCUGAGGCUGCAGAGACAACAUCUCCGCCUGAGAAAGCGGUGGUGGAAGGACCAGGCCUUGGGGUUGAUUCUAAUUGGGGGAGAGAUAGAUGGGGAGGAGACUCUCAGAAAUCCAAACUUAGCUGGUUCCAAGAGAUCUGGUUUACCUGCUGCGAAGUCUUUAUGAACCAUAAACCCCUGGAGGGGCAGCUUCCAUUUUACGCUUAUUUCUCAUUGAUACAUCAUUCUCAGCAAUUUCAAGGAAAAUCUGAUCUCUAUCUUUAGCAGCUUUUGAUUCCCUGCGGAAGGAGCAAACGUGGUUCUUGCCCUCCCGGACAAGAGGAGGAACUCACAAAAGAGGUAGACUGUAAAUAAACCAGCAAACUAGAGCAGGAAUAGGUCUGAUGGUGAUGGUACUGUCCAGAAAAUAAAACAGGCCUGUAGUGCAGAGUGCCUGGUGGCCCAGCUGGGCAGGCUAGGGUCUGGGAAAACUUCCCUGAGGUGAUGUUCGACCUAAAGAACCAGCUCUGAGGAGGCCAGCGAGAGAGGCACCUCAAGCAGAGGGAACAGUGGGUAUAGAACCCUGAGGCGGGCUAUAGGGUGCUCAAGACCAGGGAAGAAGGAGUUGAAAGGAGAAAAGUGGAGGAGGGGUGCCAACCUCCUCCAGUCAGGUCCUCAUCCCCUCCCCCAGCAAAAAAAACUACUCCCCAUCCCCCAGCCAGUGGCCACAGGCUGUUCUGUAAACAUCUUGGAAACAUUUUGUUUGCCAGUGGACCAGUCCCGCUCCCCACCCACCACACCACCCUCUCAAGAAAGCUUGGCAAGAUUUCUAAAUCAAAGUUCUUAUCAUCCCGCUAGUAAUUUAUUGUUCCCUUCCACUCUUCAAGAUGGUCUUUAAUGAUCCUCACUAUCCCAUUUGAUCCUUUCCUGCCGGUCGUCCUCACGGGUCUCGAUGGGCAGAUAGAUUGAAACAUUUCCCCGCCUGUGGCAAUUUCCAGCGCCCAGGCCCCGCUCAUCUUGUGACCCGGCGCGCGCUGAACUUGGCGAGAGGGCCCUGCAGAGUUCACUCGGAUGUCACGGUCCGGCCUGCAGGGGUCACAGGCGGGUCAGGCCGGAGGAUUGGGACUGGGCCCCAGGUCACGCCCCCGCUCACCAGCUUUGCUCACGGGCCGAGGCAGUGUCCUGAAAGGGGUGGGCCGGGAGUUCUGAGAAUUACCUCCAGUGCGUCUCGGCCCCGGUGCCUGCCUGUACACCGCCCGAAGUCGUCUUUCACUGUUUACAUUCGUCAAAUCAUCUGAAACACCAAGGGGGGUUGUGGGGAAACGCCGGUUCUGCGAAAUAUGCCCUGGGGCGACCUGGGCUUGGAGCGUUGCGGGGACUGUGCGGUCCCUGCUACUCCGCAGACAAUUCCCAACCCGCGGGGUUUAGGGAGCGCCGAGUAUUUCACAGCUCUCAGGAUCAAAGCGUUUUCCAUCAACAAGGGACGUGUCCAAGGCGUGUGGCGUGCUCCCGUAAGAGCCGAUAUUCAGUUUUGAACAAACAUACAUUAUUGUUUCGUUUUCGGUGCCGCUAGUCCGUUCCGUGCUGAACCGAGUGAACUUGUGCCUCUGACUGGUCCGAGGCGGCUCGGACCCAGUCGCACUGGCUUGGCCAGGUGGGAAGAGGGGAGCGCUCACGCGCUUCCCAAAGUGUCCGAGCUCCAGGCAUUGGCUUCGGGAGCAGCCGAUUGUAUAGUUGGGCAAAUGCCAGAAGACCCCCUUCUGAGUACAGAUUCCCUCAACACUCCCAUCAGCAGCCAGCAGAAGCCUGGGUUUACGACCCAGCACCCCCUUUUACCUGAGUGGCUUUCUGCUGGGUGGGAGCUGGGAGAGCGGAGGAUGGCUCCUGUGCCCAGAGUCCAGGUCACCCUGGUAACGUAGCUGAGCGUGCCUGGAGCUGGGAAGAGUAUUUGCAACCAGAAGCCCCUUUUGGAAACUUACAGCUACUUCGAGGAGUGGAUAGGUCAGGAAAGAUCACCUCUAUACCAAGGAGGAGGAAACAGGCUCGAGGAUGUGCGGGACUUGUCCAAGGUCAUUCAAGGAGAGAUGGAGCCGGGAUUCAGAGCCCAAAUUCCGUGCUUUCCAUAUUCUGUCUCUCCCUUCUUAUCCUACUAGGAUUAAAGACCCUCUUCCCCUCUGCCGAGCUGGGGCUGCAAAGCCCCAGAACCUUGGGAAACGACCAGUUGUGGCUAGAUCGCAGAGCGCCUAUUGCCGCGGACCCGCGGGCGGAUUGCUCCUGUGGUCCCCGGUGGGGGAGUCAGAGUUAGGGCGCAGACUUGUGCACGCUUCACCUGGAGUCCCGAGGAUCUGGAGGCUCUCUCAUAUCCUUAAGUAGGACCUUCCAAGACUUCAGGAGUGCGGACCUCCUUGAAGGGAUUGGGGAACUGGGACUCUUUGGUCGUCCGAUCAUGACUCCCCACGACUCUCGCCUGAGUCCUGGCCCUAGGCUCUUUUGCGAGAUCUUUAGAAGGGUGGGGAAGCCUGCAUUUUGCUCUGCGUUCUGGACCUCACCUGUGGGACAAGGCAGCUGGAUGAUCACUGAACUCACUUCCUUUUGCUUCCCUAGCAGGUGGAAGGGGUCCCACACGGAGCCCAUAAAUUGGAAAGCCGGUGCAGGCAGCGCUGGGCUGGGACCGCCUGUCGGACCCCGCGGGAGGGAUUCCAAAGAGAUCGCCCGGAACCCCAGGGCUUGGAGUUCCCGCUCCCUGGAGCUCGGGUCCGGCCCUGCCGCGGUCUUGGAGCCCUGCACACCUUGUAAGGAGGAAAUAGGCUGCUCCUAGCCCUGCACCCCAGGAGGCGCGCUCCGAGGAAAGCCUCCACCGCGCCGCCUCUGCCUCGGCGCGGAACAAACGGUUAAAGAUUUUGGGCAGCGCCUCACGGGGGGAGGAGCCAGGGGCCCAAUCCGCAAUUAAAGAUGAACUUUGGGUGAACUAAUUUGUCUAAGGUAACGUGGGCAGCAACCUGGGCCGCCUAUAA